CUGUUCCAACGGAAGCUGGACCAACUCCAGCAUCGGCAGUACCAAACUCUUCGCAGAAUGGCGAGGUGGUACGCGACUGGAGGGACCAAAACGAUCGGCGUAGUCCUCGUCCUUGCAGCGAUCCUCGAUAUCACGUCGGCCGGAUUUCCAGAGCACCGCGCCUUCGACGUUGGCUACAAUGGCUACCAAAAUUUCCAGCCAGUGGUGGGACACCAUCGUCCAAUAGUCGUCGAGGAGCCGCGCAAGAAGAGCGAGCAAGACUUCAGCAAGAUUCCCGGAAUUCCCGGUGUGGAUUAUCCCAUUUUCCACAAAGUUCCUCCGACCAGUUUUUCCUGCGCCCACGUUCCAUACGCACCUGGAAUGUACGCUAAUGUUGAAACAGGCUGCCAGGCAUAUCACGUCUGUCACGACGGAAGAGAGGGACACCAGGGUGCCUCAUUCCUCUGCACAAAUGGAACCCUGUUCAACCAGCAUGAAUUUGCCUGCGAUUGGUGGUACAACGUGAAUUGCGCCGACGCUCCUUCACUCUACAGCCUGAAUUUGGAUCCAACGAAGAAUCCCUUCGUCCCGAAAAAGAAACCGGAAGAGGAGUUGCAAUCACGUCAGGAUAAGUUCAAGAUCGCAAUUUUUUAAACAUUUUA